CGCAAACCAAGUACCGAUAAGGAUCCAGCUUUGGCGCCUGUUAUUGUCCCCGGAGUCGAAAACCAAAAACCAGAUGAUCCGAUUCGACCAAAGAAUGGAAAAAGGACAAGACCAAGUAAAAACAAAGGACCUGAAAAAACUGGAAACAAAGAUGAAUAUAAAAGACCUGGAGUUUCGAGGCCAGGGGUUGUUCCAGCCAUUGAAGUUCCAGACAUGUCUGAAAGUGAAGACCCCUGCACAAUAGACUGUAGAAAGUUCCACCAACCAGGCAAGAGGAAGGUCUACUGUGGAAGUAACAACAAGAGCUACAGAAGUAUGUGUGAUCUGUUGCAGGAAGCGUGUAGAACAAAAGCUGAAAUUGAAGCUUUUCUACCCACCAAUGGCAAAUGUAAACCUCCUACACCCUAACUGAGAAAUUUCAAACUUGACCGAGAGGACUGAUGAAUCGAUAUAUGAAUGCUUUUAGUGUUGAUGGAUUUAAGCACAGGACUCAAUACUUUGUCAGUGGUUUAAAGCACAAGGUUAUUGUAUGCAGAUUAAUCUGAUGUUGUCAGGCAGAGGUUUAUAGUAUAGCAUGCAGAUAAAAACCAAGUACAUCAAAUGAAUCACAAUUUAUUGAGUACUGUAUACUGUUUACACACUGCAAGACAUUUUAAACAUUUUUUAACUUGUAACCGUUUUUAUCAAGAGCUGAACUUGGAAUAAACUUCUAACACUUUAGUUAUGUAACCACAUCGCAAAUCAUUAAUCAC